AUGCCACCGGAUGAGGGAGAACUGAUUUUGUGUUGUGAUGGAGCGGCCAGGGGAAGUCCACGUACUUGGGGAGCUGGAGUUGUUGCAAGGAAUGCUAGCUGUGAAGUCCUUGGAGCAAUCUCAAUUGGGCUUAGAACGCCAACGAAUUAUCUGGUAGAAAUUUAUAGUAUUGUGGUGGGAUUGGAGUUGGCUGUCAAAUGGGAAAUGAAUAGAGUUCUAAUUAGGACUGAUUCAAAGAGUUCUAUGGAUGCUGUAGCUACGGGUACAAUGCCUUGGUUCGUUAAAAAUCGUUGGAAAAAUGUUAUGGAGAAUUAUGUUUCUAUUCGUUUUGAGCAUAUUUAUAGAAAAGCAAAUUUUGCAACGAAUUGUUUAGCUAAACGGGUUGUAAUUUUGGUGAAGGGGAAGGGAUGA